UAGAUAUUAGGGAGGUAGAAAGGAGAUACUUUAUCGCAUAUUCGUCAUUCAAGAACAAGAUUAUCGUGAUUUAUGAUAAAGUGCGCAUAAAAUAAAAUGGCAUUAUUCGGGGCAUUGCCCGUCAGAAUUGGGGCAACGUCCAAGAUCAUCUCACGAAGCGUUCCAGCCGUGUUUUAUCAUGUGAACGUACUGGAUCAUUAUGAAAAUCCGAGAAAUGUUGGUUCAUUGGACAAGAAUGAUACACAAGUCGGGACAGGUCUUGUGGGAGCCCCUGCCUGUGGUGACGUGAUGAAACUUCAGAUUAAAGUUGAUGAAAAUGGCAAAAUAGUUGAUGCUAAAUUCAAGACUUUUGGUUGUGGCUCUGCUAUUGCUUCGAGUUCUUUAGCGACAGAAUGGGUUAAAGGAAAAACGGUGGAUGAGGCAUUGAUGUUGAAAAAUACUGACAUUGCUAAAGAGCUGUGCCUUCCUCCUGUCAAGCUGCACUGUUCGAUGCUUGCCGAGGAUGCAAUUAAGGCUGCUUUGUCAGAUUAUCGUAUCAAACAACAAUCGAAGAAGAAAGCGCAGAAUGAAGCAACCAACAUCGCAAAUUAAAAUUGAUUAUGUAAUUAUGCAAUAGUAAAAAAAAAAAAAAAUAGAUAUAUUUACUCUUCUCUUCUUGUAGAUAUUAUUUAUUAUUCUAUAUAAGAAGAUUACAUUAUACUAUUAUAAUCAUUAUACUUGAAUAGACCCAGGGAUAAUAACAUUUCUUAGACUAUUAUCUCUCUUUUGAAUAUAUAUUAAUAAGAUGACAAAAAAUUGUACCUGUACUAUAAUAUUUUGUUAGAUAAAAUAAAUUUAUUUAAUUAAA